AUGACUCGUACGACCGACGUGAGGGACUUUGUGGUGAACCAACGGAAUGGAGUAAAAGGGCUCGUCGACACUCUAAAGCUAACCACACUUCCUUCUGCUUACAUUCAACCUCCUCAAGAGCGUCUCACGUCCGAAAAAAUCCUCUCUUCAUCGUCACAAGUCCCGGUCAUCGAUGUGUCCAACUGGAUGGAUCCGAAUGUGGCUAAGGAGAUCUGCGAUGCAGCGACCAAGCUCGGGUUGUUUCAGAUAGUGAACCACGGGAUAGCUCAGGAGGAGUUGAAGGCUGUGAUUGCAGCGGCGCGUGGGUUUUUCGAGCUGCCGGCGGAGGAGAGAAGAAGGUACUGGAGAGGGAGUUCGGUGUCGGAGACGGCGUGGUUAACCACAAGUUUCAAUCCUCUCAAAGAGAGUAUUUUGGAGUGGAGAGACUUCCUCAAGUUUGAGUACCUUCCUCAACAACAUGAUUUCGCUGCCACUUGGCCUUCUGUCUGCAAGGAACAAGUGAUAGACCACUUCGAGAGGAUCAAACCAAUCACCAAGAAGAUCUUAGACAUACUCAUCAGCAAUCUUAACUCAACCAUCGACAAAUCUAACGAAGAAACACUAAUGGGAACUACGAGAAUGAACUUCAACUACUAUCCAGAGUGUCCUGACCCAAGCCUCGCUGUAGGAACUGGUCGCCACUCAGACAUCAACACUCUCACUCUCCUCCUACAAGAAGACGGUGUCUUAAGCAGCCUCUACGCUCGAGCCACCGAGGACGGGGACGAAUGGGUUAAUGUCCCUCCGAUUCCGGGAGCAAUUGUCGUUAACAUUGGAGACGUGUUACAGAUCUUGAGCAACAAUAGGUACCGGAGCGUGGAGCAUUGCGUGGUUGUCAAUAAGUUUUGUAGCCGGGUUUCCGUUCCGGUUUUCUGCGGACCGGUUCAUGAUGCGGUCAUCGAGCCGUUACCAGAGGUGUUACAGAACAAUGAGGUGGCUGGUUACAGAAACAUUGUGUAUUCGGACUACUUGAAGGACUUUUUUGGAAGACCUCAUGAUGGCAAAACGACUAUUGAGUCGAUCAAAACAUGA